UGACCCAUUCAGCAAGCUCAUCUGACGCCAAAGGAGCUCAAGGAGUCAAACAGCCUACGUCCAGAAGAGAAAAAGAGAGAACUUCAAAAGCACAACGAAAGAAAAGAUUCCACCAUAAUGGUUUCUACUGGGUUUCAGAUCCUGGGCUCUGCUCUGGGGAUCAUCGGCUGGAUUGGUGCCAUCAUCGUGUGCGCCCUUCCCAUGUGGAAAGUCUCGGCUUUUAUCGGCAGCAACAUUGUGACGUCGCAGAUCACCUGGGAAGGGAUCUGGAUGAACUGUGUGGUCCAGAGCACGGGCCAGAUGCAGUGUAAAGUCUACGACUCAAUGCUGGCCCUCAGCGCUGACCUCCAGGCGGCCCGGGCCCUCACUAUAGUCUCCAUCAUCGUGGGCAUCUUGGCCAUCCUGCUUUCAGUAGCCGGGGGGAAGUGUACCAACUGUGUGAAGGAAGAGUCCAAAAAGAUCAAGGUGGGCAUCGCUUCCGGAGUCAUCUUCAUCAUAGCCGGGGUUCUCUGUCUCAUCCCUGUCUGUUGGACGGCCCACACCAUCAUCCAAAACUUUUAUAGCCCUAUACUGAACCAGUCGCAGAAGCAAGAGCUGGGGGCCGCACUCUACAUCGGCUGGGGUGCAUCUGCAUUGAUGCUGAUUGGUGGGGGGAUGCUCUGUAGUAACUGCCCCCGCAAUGAUAAAGAUGGCUACUCUGCAAGGUACGCAGCCGCCAGAUCUGAUGCCUCGGCUCCUGUUUCCGGAAAAGACUAUGUUUAAAGCAGCUCUGGAGAAUUUUACUGGGACUAAUGAACUGGUGCUGCUGGGUCAGGAGUGAAAAUGAUAGAACGCUUCAUCCUGAUAAGAACCACACCCAAAGAACAAAUUUCCUUUGACGUGUUCAUUACUUGUAUUUAUGGUGUUAAAUGAUGUGUGGACCUUAGUAUGCAUUUCUCUAGCUUUAUAUUUACAUCACUACGUCUCUUUCUGACUGUAACUAUUUUUGAAAGCUCUGUUUUGGUUAUUUUAUGUGGAAUAUUACUCAUCAGCCAAGUGUUUUUUUUUGUGUGGUAGUUGUUUUGUAAAUAAAAAUGCUUUU